AUGUCUGGAAAUUACAGAGAAAACAACAACAACAAUAGUUACACUAGUAUUGACAAAAGAAGCCUCUUAAACCCAGAAAUUGAAGACGAGAGCCCAAUGUUUAGAAGAAGAUCAAGAGCAGAAGAAGACGAUGAAGAAAGAGGAAGAUCAGCCCAAAAUCAAGAGAUUAGGCCCAAGCCCAAAAGCCCAACAUGGAAGGGAGAGAAUGCAAAGAGUAUUGUGUAUGGAGGUUUAGAUGCUAUUGUUACAUGCUUUUCACUUAUAUCAUCAAUUUCAUCAAGUGGUGGCAGAAUGUCAUCCGUUGAUGUUCUUGUAUUGGGAUUUGCAAAUCUAGUGGCUGAUGGAAUUUCCAUGGGAUUUGGAGAUUAUUUGAGUAGUUCUACUGAGAAAGAGAUGGCUUUUAAAGAAAAAGAUGUUACUCAAUGGGAGGUUGAUCAUCAUGGUACUUCACAGAUUAGACAGUUGAUGCAACGCUAUCAGGAGCUUGGGAUGGACCCACAUGAUGCGACUACGGUGGCGGACAUAUUUGCAAAGUACAAAAACAUUAUGGUGGAAGAAAAUAUGAUGGGUCAAAAAGGGUUAUUACUACCAGAUCAAGAGGAGAAGCCAUGGAAGAGUGGGCUAGUUACUUUCAUCUCCUUUCUACUCUUUGGAUGUGCGCCACUUCUCUCAUUCAUCAUCCUCAUUCCGUUCACUGACGACGACACCAUCAAAUUCAUCGGCGCUUGUAUCCUCUCCGUUUUUGCACUCACCCUUCUCGGAGUCGCUAAGGCAAAUAUUUCUGGUGCAAGCUAUACUCUCUCUGCACUCAUGACUGUUUCAAAUGGUGUCAUUGCUGCUGCUGUUGCUUACUCUAUUGGAUGGAGUCUCAGAAAUCUUGCUGGACUUGAAGAGCCGUAAAUUUAUACAGUGCACUUUCUUGACGCGAUAUAUAUAUAUAUAUAUAUAUAUAUAUAUAUAGAAAUGAGUUCCUAUGAGAAUGCAUACUUAUGUGAGAAAUGAGAAUGAAGUUUAUUCGAUAUAACUCUUAUGUAUAAGUGAUGUAACUCUAACGAAAAAGUGAUGUAACUCCAAAAAAUGAAUAUAAGAAAAAAAAAAAGUUCAAAAAAAAAAUUUUUUUUUUGGGCUCAAAAUUUUUUAGGGAGGUAUAACUCUAAUGAACAAGUGUUGUAACUCUAAUCCAAUCGUGUGGUUGAGAUUUAUUCUCAUUUCUCAUGUAAGAAUCAUUCUCAUGUGAUCUCGCCCCUAUAUAUAUAUAUAUAUAUAUAUAUAUAUAUAUAUAUAUAUAUUGAGGGGUUGUAUUCUUAUAUUUGCAGUGAUGAACAUAUACUUGGUAUAGUAAAACUGCUAACUCAGGUAGCGGUCUUAUCGACAUCGAACCGUUUAACGUUCUUGUACGUCCCCGCCCUUCGAAACUUCGAGACAUCAAGUGUAUCGGCUAGCCUGAGGAACACUGUUCUGCAUGAGUCUCAAUUUUGGUUCUUUUGUAGUGUGAGACUAGUCUAGAAUUCGUGCUUAUGACUAGUUCUUAUGUGGAGGGAAAGUGAUGCCGCUAGUUAUGGAGAUUCUUACCCACAUAAGGUUUUUGUAUAUUGCAGUAUUAUUAUAACCUCUAUCCAAGUUUCCGUAAUCUAGUACCCUCUUUGUUUCAAAAA